UACAGCAUGUGCUUACAAAAACAAGAGCUUGACGGUUCACCGACAGUUAUCUCGACAUUCGACAUCUGCGACGCCAUCUUCCUCGUCCUCCGCUUCUUCUUCCAGCGUUUUGUUAGAGGAAGGGAGUGAAGAGCAGGCGCUCGUCGGGUUGAAGACGCAGGUGAAGCCGAGACAGACUCAGUCAGCAGCGAUGAGCGGAGCCAAAGCCCGCAGCGACGCGCCUGUUGCUGAAAAUGUCUCCAGCGGCGGGCACGGUUCUGCUGCCCCUACGCGGGACCGCAAGCCCGGCGGAGGCGUCUUGAAGAGGCUCAAGUCCCGGCGAAGCCAGGUGGAGAGCAGGCCCGUGACGGAGGAAGAGCUGCGGACGAAGAGUGGGCACAUCUCUCCGGAGGAUGUUCUGGGACUGCGAGUUGCUACGAGAGGAUACCUCUGCAAACCUGAAGACAACAUUUACAACAUUGACUUUGUGCGUUUUAAAAUCAGAGACCUGGAAACCAACACCGUUCUGUUUGAGAUUGCCAAACCUCCGCAUUCAGACGACGAUGAGGAGCACAGCGAAGGAGACGGCACGGCGGGUCGAUUUGUUCGCUACCAGUUUACACCGGCUUUCCUGCGACUGAGGACUGUGGGAGCUACGGUGGAAUUCACAGUCGGCAACCGGCCCCUCAGCAACUUCCGCAUGAUCGAGAGGCACUACUUUCGCGAUCACCUGCUCAAGAGCUUCGACUUUGACUUCGGCUUCUGCAUCCCAAGCAGCCGUAACACCUGUGAACACAUCUACGAGUUCCCCCAGCUUUCCGAGACCCUGGUUCGUCAGAUGGUGGAGUGUCCGUAUGAAACGCGGUCGGACAGUUUCUAUUUUGUCGACAACAGACUGGUCAUGCACAACAAGGCGGACUACGCCUACAACGGAGGACAAUGAUAGCUGGCGCCCCGGCAUGCGGCAUCCGCUGCUCACAUCUGUUGACAGACAUGUACACACGCGCAUGCAUAAUGCAGAACAUUCAGCUCAAAGCGUUCACCCGUGCACACACUCCUGCAGCCGCGUUCGAGCGGCCUCUCGUGUUUGUAAAGCCUCGACGCCAGUCGUUUGUUUCACUUUCAGCGCGCUUUGUUUUGCUGGAAGUCGACGGUAGUCCUGACUCUGACGUACAAAUAGGAAGAAACUCCGUAUUGCUUCAUUUGUCUAGUUUUAAAUAUCGACAGAUUUCUUUGAUACUUAAAAAAAAAAAGAGGGCUAAUCACUAGUGGCUGUGUAACAUGUGUUUAAAACAGGUCAAACAGCUAUUGGAUGGAUAAUAAGACUCCUUUUAAGUGUCCCAGCUACUAUAGAAAUCACACACACACACACGCAUGUGAACACGCACACACACACACUCAAUCCCCAAGUGGCACCCAUAGUGUUUGUCAGAAGCAGCUGUUAUCAGAGCUGCCGCCUCCACAAUCCACUCCAGACAACAUCAGGGGAGAGAGGAGGGGGUGAAAAAGAGAAACCAUCCACAAAAAAAAAAAAAAAAACACUCAUGUCAAACACACGCGGUUACUCCUGCAUUCUCCUCUCUGCAUCCCUUUCAUUUCUACACAAAGAGACACGUCCACACUAGUGCCGAGUCUCAUCAAAGGGGUUGCUUUUUUUUCCCCUUCUUUUAAAUUUAAGCCUGUUUGAUUGUAACAUGAAACAAGAUCAGGUAACAGCUAACUCUGCUUUAAUUCUUAUGAUGACCUGUAAAAAAAAAAGCAAAAAAACUGUUUUAGAUAAAAAAAAAAAGAAAAAGUAAAAAUCCUUCCUGUUUUACAAAGUGUUGAUAUCAUGAUGCAUGUGAUGGUAUGAUUUAAAUAUAUGUAAUAAAAAAAAAAAAUGUACCAAGAUUCAUUUGAGCGAUUAAGUAAAUGUUGGAGAUUUUGUUUGUUUGUUUGUUUCAAAGUGAUGGAGUGUUAAAAAAAUGUUCCUCAUUCGAGAAUGUUUUAAAUAUCAAGAAUUAACUUGAACAGUGAUGAAGACAAAUAUUAAUUUCAUGAUGAGUCGAAGUGUUGAAAGUGUGUAUGAAGAAGAAAAGAGAAAAUCGUGAAACUACUGUUUUAUCAAAGCAGCUUGUUUACGCAUUUUUUAACAUUUUAUUGCGUCCCUUUUUCUGUUUAUUUUAUUCUGCUUCACAUUUUUUCCCCUUUUCCUGUUUUUACAGAUUUUCUUGGUAAACCAAUUAAAGUUUUUUUUCUUAAAAAAUUAUUUUGAGUUGUUUUCACCUUCACUAUCAACAUUCUGUCUUUUCUUCUUGUGGUUUUGUAACAGGUAAGCAAACAGAACUAUGUCCAUUUUCAAUCUUGUUCUAGUAAUAGUAGCUCAGAUAUUAUUUUAUAUCUGAUGGUAACUUAAAAUUUUAAAGUUACCACAAAAGACAAAUUGUCAAAUGUUGGAAAAUUGAUUUGUUUCCUGUUUUCUUUAACGUGUACUGUUGUAUUUUCUCUUUAUGCUUUGUUAAAAUGUUGGUGUUUGGGGCUUAAGUUGUUUGUAAAAUAUAUAUAUAUAUAUAUAUAUAUAUAUAUAUAAAAAUAAAUACAUAUAGUUUGUAAAAAGAGAAAAAGAACUGAGUCAAUAAAUAGACAUUUUCAGAUA